AUGAAUGAUGGAAAGGAACUGCACAGGGUCCAAAGUGGUUACAUACACCCUCAACACAAAGUAGACCACCUACCUGUCAAACAGAAACCACAUCCUCUCAUUUCCCCUCUGACAGAAGCCACCCUAUCCUCUCCCCUCAAACAGACAACACCCAACCUCUCCUCCUUCCCUCCCAUCCCAUGGAGGCCACAUCCACCUUCUCCCCUCAAAGACCACACCCACCCUCUCCCCUCAGAGACCACUCCCACCCACUCCCCUCAGAGACCACACCCACCCACUCCCCUCAGAGGCUACACACAAUCUCUCCGCUCAGAGACCACAAACAACCUCUCCGCUCAGAAGCCAAACCUAGACUGUCCCCUCAGAGACCACACCCACACUCCCCUCAGAGACCACACCCACCCUGUCCCCUCAGAGACCACAUCCACCCACUCCCCUCAGAGGCCGCACCCACCCACUCCCCUCAGAGACCACACACAACCUCUCCGCUCAGAAGCCAAACCUAGACUGUCCCCUCAGAGGCCACACCCACCCUGUCCCCUCAGAGCCCACACCCACCUUGUCCCCUCAGAGGCCACACCCACCCACUCCCCUCAGAGACUUCACCCACCCUCUCCGCUCAGAGACCCACCGUACCUCUUCCCUCACAGGCCACAUCCACCCUUACCCUGA